AUAUAUAUAUAUGUGUACAUGUAGGAGAAGAAACGACGAGGAUCAACGAAAAGCGAAGAGCGAAUUCGUCGGAAAGGUUACCGGAGAUUGAAUUUCUCAUUUUCUCCGGCGAGCUCCGACAGAGAGAGAGAGAGACCUUAGGUGGAUUCGGAUUCAGAAUAAUCAGAAUUAGAAUCAUGCAGCGAAGGAGAGGGACGAGGAGAUCCCCGGCGAUGAAGAUGGCGACGACCGAUGCGAAGCUCGAUAACGGAGACCAGGUGAAGAAGACGACGAGAUGUGAACGGAGAUUGUUGAAGUUCGAGGAGUUGCCGAGGUAUCUGAAGGACAACGAGUUCAUAAUUGACCAUUACCGAUGCGAAUGGUCUCUCCGAGAUACCUUCCUCAGCAUCUUCUCCUUGCACAACGAGACGCUCAACAUUUGGACGCACCUGGGAGGAUUUCUGAUAUUCGUUGCGAUGACGGUGGUGAGUUCCAUGGAGACGACGGAGCUCGGCCUCGCCGGAAUCAUCAACGGCUUCUCCGGAGCUGUGAUUCGCUGGCCGUCUAUGUUAACGGGGAAUGACGUUUACCUCUCCAGCAACGAUACUCUGCUCCAUGACUCGAGCCUUAAUCACACCCUACACAACUCUCUCUUCUAUCCUAACGGAGAAGUUGGUCAAGAAACUGUUCCGAAAUGGCCAUGGUUCGUGUUCUUAGGUGGAGCAAUGGGUUGUUUGAUCUGCAGCUCCCUCUCUCACCUCUUUGCUUGCCACUCCAAACGUUUCAACCUCUUCUUUUGGCGCUUGGACUAUGCCGGGAUCUCCCUCAUGAUAGUCUGCUCAUUCUUCGCCCCUAUCUACUACGCCUUCUCCUGCCACCCUUAUUGGCGCCUCCUCUACCUCUCCUCCAUCUCCACCCUCGGUCUCCUCGCCAUCAUCACUCUCCUCGCUCCAGCUCUCUCAGCUCCUCGCUUUAGAUCGUUCAGAGCAGCGAUUUUCCUCACAAUGGGAUUCUCGGGCGUGAUCCCGGCCACACAUGUGCUUUUCCUUCACUGGGAUCACCCCAGUGUGGUCGUUGCCCUUGGUUACGAGCUCAUUAUGGCCAUAUCAUACGCUUUAGGGGCAGCAUUCUACGUGACUCGGGUACCAGAGAGAUGGAAGCCCGGAACUUUUGAUAUCGCUGGACACAGCCAUCAGAUUUUCCACGUGUUUGUGGUCUUAGGAGCUCUUGCUCAUAGUGUGGCCACCCUUCUUAUCAUGGAUUUUCACCGGUCAUCGUCCUCUUGUGCCUUUUAGCCAAUACCCUAAUAAACAUUAGCCAUCUUCAUCAUAACCUAGUUCAUCCCUAUUUGUUUGUACCUUGUAGCUCUUUUUUGCAUUUGUACCACAAAAGCAGCAAGUAAAGGUGCAGCCUUUGUUUUAUUCGGUGGAAGGAAAACAUUGCAGGUCUCGUUGGAAACUUCAGGAAUCAUUCACUCGGUGGCCGUUCAUCCAUCCAUCCAUCCAUCCAUCCAUCCUGGAAGCGCAAGUUAACGUUUCUUUAUUUUGGAAAUCUUGAUCUUCUCUUGAAAAUUUUAGUUUCUCUCUAGUCUCUAGCAAACAUGGAGGCAACAAACCAUCAUUCUAGAGAAUGUGGUUUAUAGUUGAAUGUGUAAUUUGAGAUGUUCUUGAGGUUUUAGCUUGUAUUCACUUAGAUGUAUAUAUUAAUAAAUUGAGAAUUUCAUA